AUGCUCGAUAUUCCGGUUGAAAGCUUACUCGACGUCGAGGAUGCUCUGGUGUCGCCUUCGAAUCCGGCACGCAAUAAUGGAACAUUAGACUAUGAACGAUGCGCAAGACUACACAGUCAUCUGGCCGCUUAUGGCUGGAUGGCCCAUCACGAGAAAGGACCGCACGAGCUCGAUGAAUUAUUACGCAGGCCAAAGUACCUUGAUGUUGAGAGGACAGCUGUGAUCGCAUAUCUCAAUGCUACCAUUCCUUCUGAGGAUGGCGGAAUGUGCUACUUCGUUUCUAACCUGGACUUGCGGGUUGCUGAUUAA